AAUUUUUUUUUAUAACACACCUACAUUCGUUUAGUUGUUCGGGAAUAAAAUUACAAACACCAUCUGGUAGGUAGGUAGUGACGAAAACCAUACAAGUGCUGCUAAUUAAAGAGCUUCUAGCAAACCUGUGUGCAUUACCACCGUUGGUUCUGCGAUUUUCAUGAACAAACCACCUACCCCAAUCCAUAUGGAUUGAGGGGGUUUCAAUCCCUAGCAAAUCAAAAUCUUCUCUAAUCCAUAUCAAUCCCCUACAAUAUAUAUGAAUUGAAAAUAACCGAACAAAAGCCAAACGGUGAAAUGGAGCUUCUGGACAAGAAUGUCCUUAGCCGGAGCCAGACCUUCUCUUCAGACCACACUUGUUGGGCUCUAUCAGGGUUCAUUGAGGCCCAUAAUCGGUUCGCUGAUACAGAAUGCAGUGAGGCCCACGUCCCUCUCGUCUCGUACAGACGACGACGGAAAGAGGAUGAUGCGGGGAGUCGGAGGUCCGCUGCUCACCAUCGGGGAUCUACUCAGCGACCUCGCUGUCGACGACCCACUCGUCGGCGUCGGAGAUGCGUCUGUCCCAUCAUCUCCAUCGGCGGCGCAGCAAGCGGGGAAGGCCAAUCCGUCCGAUCUCAGCCGGCUCUUUGAGGCAAUGGUCACUGCCCCAGUGUUGGCUAUUCCAGAUUUUUCACAACCCUUUAUUGUGGAAACUGAUGCAAGUGAUACCGGCAUUGGCGCUGUACUAAUUCAGCGAGACCAACCAGUGGCUUUUCUCAGUAAAGCACUUGGGCCCCAACAUCAGAAACUUUCAAUUUAUGAGAAGGAAUUCCUAGCGCUUAUCAUGGCGGUGGAAAGAUGGCGCACAUAUCUCCAACGACAGGAGUUUAUCAUCCGAACUGACCAUCAAAGCCUCUCAUACCUCACUGAGCAACAUCUUCAUUCAGACAUGCAGAGAAAGGCCAUGACUCGUCUGAUGGGUCUGCAAUUCAAAGUAGUCUAUCGCAAGGGCAAAGAGAACAUUGUGGCUGAUUCCCUGUCCCGGGUGGGGCACCUUUGCAGCACUACAACAGUGUCUCAUGUCCAACCAGUUUGGCUGCAAGAGCUUUUGAACAGCUACAAUACGGACCUAGCAGCACAGGACUUACUUGCUAAACUGGCCCUCCAUUCUCCGGAUGAGGCAGGAUUUUCUUUAUCCCAGGGUAUCAUUCGAUACAACAACAAGAUUUGGGUGGCCAAUAAUUCAGCGUUGCAAACCAAAUUGAUCAACAGUUUUCACUCAACUGCGGUUGGGGGUCAUUCAGGUUCUAAAGGGACUUAUCAUCGCAUCAGCCAGUUGUUUUACUGGAAAGGUCUCAAAAGUGCUGUGGAGGAUUUUGUGCGUCAGUGCUCGGUAUGCCAACACGCCAAACACAGUAACACUCAUCCAGCUGGUCUUUUGCAGCCAUUGCCCAUUCCUGUUGGCGCAUGGCAAGACAUCACUAUGGACUUCGUCGAAGGGCUGCCAUCAUCUGAGGGUUAUAAUUGCAUACUCGUGGUCGUGGACAGGUACACUAAGUACGCACAUUUCAUUCCAUUGAAACAUCCAUUCACAGCACAGCUAGUGGCGCAGGCUGUUCUAGACAAUGUGGUGAGGCUCCAUGGUUUUCCCAAGACCAUUGUUUCAGAUCGCGACCGCAUUUUUCUCAGCGCAUUUUGGAAAGAACUGUUUGCUUUAUUUGGCACUGGUUUACUUCGGAGCACAGCCUAUCACCCUCAAACCGACGGCCAAUCGGAGCGCGUCAACCAAUGUCUUGAAAUGUACUUGCGAUGUGCAGUUCAUGACAAUCCCAAGCGUUGGAAGCACUGCAUUUCCUUGGCUGAAAUAUGGUACAAUACAUGUCUUCAUUCUUCCCUGGGUUGUUCUCCCUUCAAGGCAUUGUAUGGCUAUGAGCCUGACAUCGGUUUUUCCAUUGCUCCUAUACAAGACACUCCAACCGAAGCUCUCACUUGGGUCACUGAAAGGGAUGCUCAUAUGCAACAACUGAAGGACAAUCUUGCUAGAGCUCAAAACAGAAUGAAGCAGCUCGUCGAUCGCCAUCGUGUGGAUCGCCAAUUCCAAGUUGGAGAACAAGUACUCCUAAAGUUACAACCAUAUGCCCAGAGUUCAGUGGUGAAUCGACCAUACCCCAAACUAGCAUUCAAAUUUUUUGGCCCAUUUGCAGUGCUCCAGCGAGUUGGUUCUGCAGCUUAUCGCCUUAAAUUACCUGAUGGCUGCCUCAUCCAUCCAGUUUUCCAUGUCAGUCAACUGAAACCCUUCACACCAAAUUACACGCCAGUUUUUGCAGAUCCCAAAAUGCUGCUGGAUUUCAGUACCACUGAUCUUCAACCUGAGCGGGUUCUGGAGCGUCGUCUGGUGUAGAAAGGCUCUAAGGCUGUCCCACAGGUGCUGGUGAAAUGGACUCACCUUCCAGUGGACUCGGCGACCUGGGAAGACUGGUAUGUUCUACAGGCCAGGUUUCCUUCGUUCGUUGCUUGUGGACAAGCAACCGCUGCAGGGGGGAAGCUGUCGCGGCCGGUGUGCCGGACGCGCCUCAAUGACUGAAGCCGACGUGUCUAAGCCUGGGUUAGUGGCCUAAGUAUGCCAGAUGUCAUGGAGUCUGUAAUUAGGGCACCACCUGUGGGCCCAGUCGUCAGUGCCUAUGUGCAGAGUAUGUAAUAAGCGAGACUUGGGAACUUGAGAGACAAGAAAGAAAAAGAAACAGAAACUUGCCGCCGGAAACUUUCCUGGCGAGCACCCACCUCUCCCUCGUUCGUUUGAGUACGCACCUCACGCCAUCGGAGAUCCUCGGUGGCCACGGGGCACAACAGUUGGUAUCAAAGACCAGUUGAUCUUCGGCACGCUACCGCGGGUGUCUGCAAUUUCCGUCGAUCGUCACCGUAAUAGGCACGGGUUUGGUGAGUUCUCGACGUUUGCCGCGCAGCACCGGCGGCGUCGAUUGAAUCCCCGUGAUUCCCACGCCACCACGGUCCGAUUUGCGGGUAGUCACCACGGCGCCGCCGAAACCUUCCGUCCAGACUCGUUUCGUCCUAGACGCGAUGGCCGCCGCGGGGGAACGUGAGGACUGAGGAGGAACGCUGGAAUCACCUCAAUCAGAGCAUUGAUCUGUUGUUUACAAGGCUAGGCGACGUCACGCGCGCGCAAGAGCAGAUGCAGAUCCACCAGGACUUGGGGGUGAAGGCUAUGGAGCAGGUUCUCAAAGAUCAAGCCACCUUCGCGCAACAACUCGAAGCCACAGGCAAGGCGGUGGAUCUUCUCACACGCGAGCGCCGACCUUCGGCGGAGUGGGACACUUCCUCACAGUUCUCCAGGGAGGCGCAACCCUCUCUGCAUCAGCGUCCACCCCGUCCCGCUGGUUACCACCCUGGUGAGCAUCAUCAUCAUCGCCCCCACCAGUUAUUCCUCGCGAUUGGAAUGAAGGCAUGCAAGGGUAUCGUCGUACCACACCCAAGUUGAACUUUCCAGAGUUUAAUGGGCGCGAUCCACGUAUCUGGCGCCGGCAGUGUGAGGAUUACUUUCUGUUCUACAAUGUUCCUGAGCACCUUUGGGUUACUUCUGCAACAAUGCAUAUGAGGGAUAAUGCUGGGAGGUGGAUGGAGGUGCAGCGCCUCAAAGGGGGGUUUUCCUUCCUGGGCCCAAUUCAUGACCGAUGUGGAGGAUAAAUUUGGUGCUUAUGAUUAUGAUCAUGCUAUGCAGGAUUUGUUCACUCUAAAGCAAACUGGUUCAGUUGAUGAAUUUUAUUUCCAGUUUCAGUCUCUGCAAUUUCGGCUAGAGAUGCAUAACAGUGGUUUUGACAGAAUGUUCUUCAUCAAUCAGUUCACUCGCAAUCUAAAACCCGAAUUGGCUGCGCUGGUCCAAUCUCACAUACCUCGUACAAUGGAACAGGCGGUGCAUAUUGCCAAGAUCCAAGAAGCCUUAUUCGAUCGUCCACAAUUCAAGUACAGUAAACCUGCAUUUCCACACAAGGCUCAGUUUGGAAUUUCUGGUCGCCCUGAGGUAAAGAUGAGUUCUACUUUCAAUUCUCCAUUGACUAAAGAACGCCAGAAGAGGGACUAUUGUCGGGCCAAUAAUCUAUGUUUCUAUUGUCUGGCUCCUUUUGACCCUGCUCAUUUAGCCAACUGUCCCAAGCGUCCCAAAACACAGUUGAAUGCUGUCGUGGUGAAUGAUUUGGAUAUUCCUCUCACAGAAGAUAUUCUUCAUCAGUUGGACAUGGAAGAUGCUCUUUCCUCUGAGUUUGGUCAGUUGUCCCUAAAUGCACUUGCAGGAACUGAUACAGGCCGUACAUUGAAACUCCGAGCUAUGGUAAAAAACAAGGUCAUGCUGACCCUUGUCGACAGUGGGAGCUCGCACAGCUUCGUCAGUGCCGCUUUCCUUAAGACUUGUGGUAUUCCAUCUACACCUCGGUCUCCUUUAACAGUGAAAGUAGCCAAUGGAGAGCUACUGGUGGUUGACCAGCAAGUUCAUCAACUAGAGUGGUGGAUUCAGGGAUACACCUUCUAUUCAGAUAUGUUGGUACUGGACUUUGGGGCUUUUGAUGCCAUUCUAGGCUAUGAUUGGUUAGCUCCGCUUAGUCCCAUGAUCUGCCAUUGGGAAGAUAGAACUCUGGAUUUUCAGUAUCGUCACCAGUCAGUGCAUCUACAAGGAAUUAUCCAAAAUCAGUCCAUUCUUCCAGAGGUUUCUCCACAUGAGCUGGUCAAGUGGGCAGCAGGCAAUGAUAUUGCAGCUUUAGCUGUCAUCGAAAUUCUUUCACAGUUGCCAGAUGCCCAAGUUCCACUGGAACUUCGGCCUGUCCUACAGGAAUAUGCAGACGUCUUUAAGGAUCCGAAGAAACUACCAACCCCUAGGCUCCACGACCAUCGCAUUCCCUUGCUGCCCAACCAACCUCCAGUAAACUCCAGAUCAUAUCGGUAUUCUCCUUUACAUAAGGACGAAAUCGAAAAACAAGUUAAGGAACUUCUGCAGACUGGUCUGAUUGUGCACAGUACUAGUCCCUUUGCUUCUCCAGUGCUUCUCGUUCAAAAGAAAGAUGGUACCUGGCGAUUCUGUGUUGAUUACCGGAAGUUGAAUGCCAUAACAGUGAAAAACAGGUUUCCUAUCCCAGUGAUUGAUGAAAUUCUCGAUGAACUGGCGGGCACCAAAUUCUUUACUAAGUUGGACAUGAGAUCUGGGUACCAUCAAGUCCGCAUGUGGCCUGAGGAUGAACCCAAAACAGCUUUUAAGACGCACCAUGGUCAUUUUCAAUUCCGCGUCAUGCCAUUUGGACUCACCAACGCCCCGGCUACGUUCCAAUGUCUUAUGAAUACCAUACUCGAGCCAUUCCUUCGGAAGUUCGUGCUGGUUUUCUUGGAUGAUAUCCUCAUUUACAGUUGCUCUAUGCAGCACCAUAUUUCUCAUUUGCAGAAAGUGUUGGCUCAACUCAGACUGCAUCAGCUAUAUAUGAAAGUGAGUAAAUGCUCCUUUGGCCAAACUUCUUUGCAUUAUUUGGGCCACAUUAUCUCUCAGGAGGGCGUUGCUACUGACCCAGCAAAAACAGAUGCGAUGUUACAGUGGCCCAUUCCCACCACAGUUACUGAACUUCGGGGGUUUUUUGGGACUCGCCGGUUACUAUUGCAAAUUCAUCAAACAUUAUGGUCUUAUAGCUCGACCCCUGACUGGUUUGCUUCGUACUAAACACUUUGUAUGGACCCCAACAGCUCAACAAGCCUUUAAUCAAUUGAAACAGGCAAUGGCCACUGCCCCAGUGUUGGCUAUUCCAGAUUUUUCACAACCCUUUAUUGUGGAAACUGAUGCAAGUGAUACCGGCAUUGGCGCUGUACUAAUUCAGCGAGACCAACCAGUGGCUUUUCUCAGUAAAGCACUUGGGCCCCAACAUCAGAAACUUUCAAUUUAUGAGAAGGAAUUCCUAGCGCUUAUCAUGGCGGUAGAAAGAUGGCGCACAUAUCUCCAACGACAGGAGUUUAUCAUCCGAACUGACCAUCAAUGUCUCUCAUACCUCACUGAGCAACAUCUUCAUUCAGACAUGCAGAGAAAGGCCAUGACUCGUCUGAUGGGUCUGCAAUUCAAAGUAGUCUAUCGCAAGGGCAAAGAGAACAUUGUGGCUGAUUCCCUGUCCCGGGUGGGGCACCUUUGCAGCACUACAACAGUGUCUCAUGUCCAACCAGUUUGGCUGCAAGAGCUUUUGAACAGCUACAAUACGGACCUAGCAGCACAGGACUUACUUGCUAAACUGGCCCUCCAUUCUCCGGAUGAGGCAGGAUUUUCUUUAUCCCAGGGUAUCAUUCGAUACAACAACAAGAUUUGGGUGGCCAAUAAUUCAGCGUUGCAAACCAAAUUGAUCAACAGUUUUCACUCAACUGCGGUUGGGGGUCAUUCAGGUUCUAAAGGGACUUAUCAUCGCAUCAGCCAGUUGUUUUACUGGAAAGGUCUCAAAAGUGCUGUGGAGGAUUUUGUGCGUCAGUGCUCGGCAUGCCAACACGCCAAACACAGUAACACUCAUCCAGCUGGUCUUUUGCAGCCAUUGCCCAUUCCUGUUGGCGCAUGGCAAGACAUCACUAUGGACUUCGUCGAAGGGCUGCCAUCAUCUGAGGGUUAUAAUUGCAUACUCGUGGUCGUGGACAGGUACACUAAGUACGCACAUUUCAUUCCAUUGAAACAUCCAUUCACAGCACAGCUAGUGGCGCGGGCUGUUCUAGACAAUGUGGUGAGGCUCCAUGGUUUUCCCAAGACCAUUGUUUCAGAUCGCGACCGCAUUUUUCUCAGCGCAUUUUGGAAAGAACUGUUUGCUUUAUUUGGCACUGGUUUACUUCGGAGCACAGCCUAUCACCCUCAAACCGACGGCCAAUCGGAGCGCGUCAACCAAUGUCUUGAAAUGUACUUGCGAUGUGCAGUUCAUGACAAUCCCAAGCGUUGGAAGCACUGCAUUUCCUUGGCUGAAAUAUGGUACAAUACAUGUCUUCAUUCUUCCCUGGGUUGUUCUCCCUUCAAGGCAUUGUAUGGCUAUGAGCCUGACAUCGGUUUUUCCAUUGCUCCUAUACAAGACACUCCAACCGAAGCUCUCACUUGGGUCACUGAAAGGGAUGCUCAUAUGCAACAACUGAAGGACAAUCUUGCUAGAGCUCAAAACAGAAUGAAGCAGCUCGCCGAUCGCCAUCGUGUGGAUCGCCAAUUCCAAGUUGGAGAACAAGUACUCCUAAAGUUACAACCAUAUGCCCAGAGUUCAGUGGUGAAUCGACCAUACCCCAAACUAGCAUUCAAAUUUUUUGGCCCAUUUGCAGUGCUCCAGCGAGUUGGUUCCGCAGCUUAUCGCCUUAAAUUACCUGAUGGCUGCCUCAUCCAUCCAGUUUUCCAUGUCAGUCAUCUGAAACCCUUCACACCAAAUUACACGCCAGUUUUUGCAGAUCCCAAAAUGCUGCUGGAUUUCAGUACCACUGAUCUUCAACCUGAGCGGGUUCUGGAGCGUCGUCUGGUGAAGAAAGGCUCUAAGGCUGUCCCACAGGUGCUGGUGAAAUGGACUCACCUUCCAGUGGACUCGGCGACCUGGGAAGACUGGUAUGUUCUACAGGCCAGGUUUCCUUCGUUCGUUGCUUGUGGACAAGCAACCGCUGCAGGGGGGAAGCUGUCGCGGCCGGUGUGCCGGACGCGCCUCAAUGACUGAAGCCGACGUGUCUAAGCCUGGGUUAGUGGCCUAAGUAUGCCAGAUGUCAUGGAGUCUGUAAUCAGGGCACCACCUGUGGGCCCAGUCGUCAAUGCCUAUGUGCAGAGUAUGUAAUAAGCGAGACUUGGGAACUUGAGAGACAAGAAAGAAAAAGAAACAGAAACUUGCCGCCGGAACCUUUCCUGGCGAGCACCCACC